AUGAUCACCGCAAUCGCUUCGCAGAACGGACGGCCUGCCAGCGUUGUGCAAAACCAGGACCCUGCCGGAGAUUCAGAAUCCCAGGAGCGUGAUAUGAUCGACCAGGACCAACAGGCGCACGCAAUCCUGAAGGCUCAUAUUAACGUUAUGUAG